GCCGGCGCUACACGAUGCUACGAACACCCUCCAACGUUCGACGCUUGAUAGUUUGUCGCAUCGUGUGGCCGAGCUUCCAAUCUACGAGCUACGAAUGUCGAGCGUCGAACAUUCGCGUUUGGACACGUUCCAGCCACUGUCGGUAUUUCUGCCCCGAGUCAAAGGAAUUCCUAGAACGUUGGGAGGAAAACAUUCGUUGGUUUGAUGCACGGCUACACGAGUGGGUCGAAUAUAGCAGUCUUAUCAGGUCGUAAAUGCUGUAAGGAAUUCCUAGAACGUUGGGAAGACAACAUUCGUUGGUUUGAUGCAAGGCAACACAAGUGGGUCGAAUAUAGCAGUCUAUCUUGAACUAUCAGGUGGUAAAUACUGUUUGUUAAAAUAGAGUAAAAGAGUAGAAGUAAAUUAUAGUCAUUGAUCUGUAUUUAACAGGGUGUGAUUUUACAGGUUUUUAAGAUGGAAUGGAACACUGAAUUAAUUAUGGAAUUUAUCAACUUAUACGAAAAACACCCAGUACUUUGGGAUCCCAAGCAUUCAAAUCAUAAAAAUCGAAACAGUUUAAAUGACGCUUGGCUGGAUAUUGCGAGUGAGUUUAGCAUUGAUGUAACUGUUGAAUUAUUACGAAAGAAAAAAGAAUCACUUAUGGCCACCUAUAGAACUUUAUCAAGAAAAGUACGAGACUCCGAAACAACUGGAUCUGGAACCAAGGAUGUAUAUAAUCCAUCAUGGUUCGCAUAUGAUGCCAUAGACCGCUUUAUUAGGGCUACAGGAAAGAAAACAACAUCGUUAAGUUCAGAGGAAACCGAGAUUGAGGAUGAGAAUUCUCAGAAUGAACAGGAGGUAUUGAAUGAUCAAGAACUAGAAGAACAGGGAAAUGAGCCUAACUUAGUCCGCGAAACAAGACAAGACAUUAACAAGAAUCCAGAGCGAGGAUAUACAAGUUUUGUAUUGCCUCAAAGCGCUCCAGGAAAUAAAAGAAAAGUAGGCCCCAAUCCAGUCGAAGCAAAUUUAGCUAAGCAUUUAAAGCAAGCAAGUGAUGCUUUAACAACUCUUACCACCAAAUCGCAAACAAAGACAUUGCAAGAUGCACCUGCGUUAUAUGGGCAGCUGUUGGCUGCUAAACUUAGAAGCUUGUCACAAAGAACUCAACUUAUCUUACAAAAUAAAAUAGAUAACCUCGUUUUUGAAGCAGAACUCAAUGAAAUUGAUAGUUCUGGUGCUACAGGUGGGCGUUCCGUUACUACUAACGUUAUUUCCCCAGAACCUAAUCCAUCUGCAUCAAGCAGUCAUUCUUCUUCUAGCCCGAACUAUGUAGCUUCUCCAGGACCCUCCCAUACUUUUCAAGAAAAUGCCAAUUUGGUUAUUACUUCUCAAUCUAGUGACACCUCACUCGUAACCUAUUUUUCUACUGCUCAUGAUACUUUAGAUAUCAGCAGAAAUGAUAUGUAAGAUAAAUAAUUAUGUCCAUUAAAGGCAAUAAAAAAAUAAGAAUAACAGAGUUACA